UCGGAAUGUGAGCGUACUUAACCUUCGACCUUAGCGCGUAACCACAGCGACAGAAUGUUCCCAAGAACUAGCUAACUUUGAAAAAAGCUUUUGGUUAAUUUGGGAGACAUAACAAGCGUGCAGGGUGAACAUGGUGCUGGUUUUUGAAACGGAGGAGGAGGGGGCUGAGGACGCCGAGGGAUGCUGUGUCUUUAAGAGAGAGAGUGUGUGUGUGAGUGUGUGUGAGAGAAAGAGAGAGAAAAGGGAGGGACCUCUUUGCCCUCCAGAAACCAGGAAGGGAAUUGAGUUGAUCUGCCGCUGCUUGGUUAGCGCAUACGGGGGCUUUAAGCUGCGCUACAGUGAGAGGGAGAUAGAGAGCUCCGGAGAGGAGGAGAGGAGAGGGCCGAGCUAACCCACAACAAGCACCACCACGGCCAUCACAGAUAGGCAGACAGACAGACGGCAGGACGGAUACACGGGUGGGGGCUGUGCUCGGCGGCUCGGCGGCAGGCUGGUGGAAGAUGUCGUCAGGGGCCGGUGGGAGAGGAGGAAGGCGGCUCCGGGGUAUAACAAGCACUGCGGGCGGGGGGAGACGAGGAGGAGCGGGGGAGGCGGAGGAGGGUCCCGUGGGGAUCCCUUUCCCCGAACACAGCGCGGACGUCCUGGGCGGCCUGAACAAGCAGCGGCUCAGCGGGCUCCUUUGCGACGUGCUCUUAGUCACCCAGGACCGGGAGUUUCCGGCCCACCGCUCCGUCCUCGCGUCCUGCAGCUCUUACUUCCACAAGCUCUUCACUUCAGGGGCCGCCGCCGACCAGCAGAACAUCUACAACAUCGACUUUGUGGCAGCAGAGGCUCUGGGAGCUUUGCUGGACUUUGCCUACACGGCGACGUUGACGGUCAGUCACAGCAGCGUGGCUGACAUCCUUGCUGCUGCUCGCCUCCUGGAAAUCUCUCCCGUCCAGGACGUCUGUACUCACCUGCUGGACACCAAAGUGCUCUCCCCGCCGGCGGGCAGUGAGCGAAGAGAUGAAGACGAAGAGGGGAAAUGCAGAGGAGUCAAGGAGCAGGGGAACCGAAUUCGGGCCAGAGAGUACCUGGAGUACUUCCAGAGAGGGGCGCACUGGAGCAGCAGCUGCAGCACGCCAGAGCUCAGGGAACUGCCCACACACCUGCACUUUAACCAUGGUAACGGGAGCAUCCCCAGCAACGGGGCUCCUGCGGGCCCCGGUGAGUACUACUCCCCACUGGCCCUAGCCUUGUCACAGCCCCAAGCGCAAGAACCAGAGGAGGAGGACGAGGAUGAAGAGGAAGAUGAAGACAGGGAGGCAGUUCAGGGUAACGGAGUGAACCCGGGGUCGUCCUACUACCCUCCCUCGCAGAACGGCCACUUCUACCUCCCCCCUGAGUCUCGGCAGGAGGCGGAGGUGGAGGACAGCUGCCGGGAGGCGAUGGCGAGGGAUAGGGGCUCGGCCAGCGCCCUCCUGCAACAAAUGAUGGACUCCAUCGAGAGGCAGAAGAAGCGUGCGGACGGGGAGGAGCAGGGAGAUGGGGACGAUCCUGACAUGGAAUUUUACUUGAAUUAUUUCAGCAGCACGCAGCACGAAGACGCAGCUUCCGCAUCGCUCGUGCACGGCGUGCCGCCGUCGCUGUGGAUGUCACGAGGCAGCGCGGGCCAACACACGACAGGAGGAGAGAGGGCGAUGGAGGAGAGAGGGAACGGCACCGGAGGAGGUGGAGGAGAAAGAAAGAUGCGCUCUAAGGCCUUCCAGAAGUGCCCCAUAUGCUCGAAGGUCAUUCAAGGUGCAGGCAAGCUACCCCGCCAUAUCAGAACGCACACGGGAGAGAAACCCUAUGAAUGCGCCAUCUGCAAAGUGCGCUUUACCAGGCAGGACAAGCUCAAGGUUCACAUGCGAAAGCAUACAGGAGAGAAGCCUUACCUGUGUACACAAUGUGGAGCCGCCUUCGCUCACAACUACGACCUGAAGAACCACAUGCGUGUCCACACCGGUCUCCGCCCCUACCAGUGCACAAGCUGCUUUAAGACUUUUGUGCGCUCGGACCACCUGCACCGCCACCUUAAGAAGGACGGCUGCAACGGCAUCCCCUCCCGCCGGGGCAGAAAACCUCGGGUGAGAGAGCCGGGGCUCCUGGAGGCCCCGCCGAGCCUCCUGAGCCCCAGCCCCGAAACUGGGCCCCAGCCACGCACCGCCAGGGGCCGGCGGCGCUCCGAGGCGUCGUCUGUAGUGGAGGUGGAGGGUGCUGUCGAGGUGCACACACACAGUCCUCGGCUGCAGGAGCUAGCAGUGGAGGCGGGACCCUGAGACUGCAAGAGGGGGGGGACGCGGGGAGGGGACCACAAGGACACUGCUGGACGCCACAAGUCGCUCUGCACAGCCUGUGAGACAGGCCAGUGGACAGAGGAGAGCAUAAACAUGCAAAGGCAAUUUAAAAAGACAAAAACAACUAACUAUUCCUCUAUAAACCAAAUCAGGGUGUCACAGAAAUUGAAUCUUUAUAUUUCUUUCUCCUUUUACUUUAGGACAUGAAAUAGACUUGCAAGCACUUCAGUUGUUUUAUUUGUUAAAGAGAAAAGAACGCUUCAAAUCAUCCACCCAAGAUGUCCACUUUCUGGACCAUUUCUUUCUCUGCCAUAUUAGACAGUUUUUUCUUUCGUCUUGUUUUUUUUUACACCGGCAUAUGCAGUUAGGCAAGUAUAUGAUCGAGACAAAGAAACUCCGAGCAACUAUGCAGUUGAUUUAAAUUUUUAUCGGUUUCGUCCUCACAGCCUUCAAGCUCUAAGAAAGGUGACUGUCACGCACCUUCUGGCUGCUGUACGAGUGAAGCGAGGACAAAUCCUCCCAGCAACAACUCCUUUUUUUUUUCUUCCUAUUCUUUUACAGCUCUGAGAUGUACAGUUACCAUAGAAACAAAAUUUCCACAAUAUGGUAUAUGCAAGGAAAACUCACCAACAUUUUGAUGCAAGAUUCUUUAUAUUUUUCAGUCUAUAAAUGUUC